AUGGCAUCAGAUGAGGAUGGUCUUUUAUCUCCUAUGUCUGAGGAAGAAUCUCCAGGUCUGGGUCUAGUGGUUGACCUGUCAACCUCUAGCAAACCGGAAGAACCUAAGAAUGUAAAAGAGGCUUUGAACCAUGGUGAAUGGUUUCUUGCAAUGCAAGAGGAGCUGAAUCAGUUUGUUAGAAAUGAUGUUUGGUACCUUGUUCCUAGACCAACCAAUACCAAUGUUAUAGGUACUAAGUGGAUUUUCAAGAACAAAACUGAUGAACAAGGUAAUGUUGCUAGAAACAAGGCUAGAUUAAUUGCUCAAGGUUACACUCAAAUGAAGGAUAUUGACUUUGAUGAAACCUUUGCCCAUGUUGCAAGGUUAGAAUCAGUGAGAUUACUUCUUGCCAUUGCUUGUCAAUUGAAGUUUAAACUUUAUAAAAUGGAUGUCAAAACUGCAAUUUUGAAUGGUAUCUUGCAUGAGGAGGUCUAUGUUGAGCAACCAAAAGGCUUCGAAGAUCCACAUCAUCUUAAUGAUGUGUUUUGA